CGGGAAACUUGCAGGUAGCUUUCCAUCUGACUAGCGAACGAGGCGGUGCCCCCGCCGUCGCCUUCGCCGCCGUCGUCGCAGUCGCCGGAAGUUUGGGGUUUCCGCGCCUUGGACGAGCCGCAGCGGGAGCAGCAGCAGUAGCCGCCGCCGCCCGCAGGGCUAGCUCGCGGUACCCGGAUGUGAGGUGACCCGCCGGCUCCCGUUGGCAGCUCGGCCGAGGAUGAAGAAGAUACUUCAUAUUUUGCUGAGCUUUCUUCGUGGAGCUUCUUUUCAGAUAAUUGUUAAAAAAAAACUGGCUAUCCAGUUUUUAAAAAGUGAUCUCCAGACCUUUUGUGAGGUAAAAUGUAAUGUGUCAAGAGCAAGUUUAUAAGGAAUGCUUUUUGUCAUAUUUUCAGAAGUUAAGGUGGCUGAAGUUACAUUCUUUAGGGAGAAACUAAAUGGCAGCACAGAAAAGGAAAUCUACACUGGUAGAACAUUCUGCUAAACGGAGGAAACUAGAUAACAACAGCAAACUGACAAACUCAGCAAACAGAGAGAGAAACUUCGAAACACAACAUGUGUCAAAUAAAUCAAAGUCAAAUAACUGUAAAGUACAGAAGAAAAAAUCUCCCAAAACUUUUGUUAAAGCCGACAGGUCAGUGACCAAUAAAACCACCAAUAAUUUUGCUAGAUCUUAUCAAACUAAAUUAGUUGAAAAGUCACAGUCUGAACCUGAACUAAAUAGAACCACCCAUAAAACUUUGCCAUUAACAAAAUCAGCACUAAAAUCUCCAAAUAGGAUAAAUUCUCCUCAGGCUUCCCCCAAAUCCUCCAAAGUAAAACAUAAGAAUCCUUCAGGGUCCAAUCAUACUAUUUCUAGUAAUGCCCCAGGAAAGACAGAGAAAACUAAUUUGAGUGAAACUAAAAUUUAUUUUGAAAAUGAAUGUCAACAUCAGUUAAAAACAGAUUUUAAGAACAGUUCUGGAAUCCAGAGCAUCAAAAAUAGUAGGCAUUCAGUAUUAGAUUCUACAAGGACAUUUAAAACUACUCAAAGGACUGCUGAGUCAGAAAUGAAAUCUACAAGGGGAAAAUCAAAAGAAAACAAUUCUGCUACAUCAACUAAAAUAGUAAAAAAUAACAAUAAAAAAGGACAAGGAGUUAAAAAUUCUCAGAGGACUCUAACAAAAUCAGCUUGCAAGGAAUUAGAAAAACCAUUAAAUAAAUCUUCCAGUGACUGUAACACAAAUGAAUCUGAACUAGGAACACAUGUGGUCACCAGGUCAACAAAGGCUUUCUUUGAUGAGAAAAAAUCUACUAACUGCAUUCACAAAACACAGGUGACUGUGAAGAAACAUUCACAAGAACCAAGACAAAAUAGGAAACCUCAGAAAAAAUCAGCUCAUGCAACUGCUAAAUCAAAAUGUGGCACUCAGUUGAAUGAGUUUAAUAGGAGAUCACAAAGACUACAACAGUUAGCAGAUAUUUCAACAAAGUCCUUGCGUAACAGAGAAAUUAAAAAUCAAGUUCUAGAAUUAAAGCAAAGCAUAUCAGCUGAUAGAGCGGAGUCCUGUAGCAAAGCUAAAACUAAACCUAGUCAAAUUAAAGUUGUGCAGAAAAAUUUGAAACGAAAACUCAUAAGCUCUGACUCUAAAGAAGAGAGAAGCACAGCAAGUGAAGUAUCAAAUUCACCAAAAAGAAAGAAAUGCAGGGUAAAUAAUAUAUUAGAUGGUGCCUGUGGUCCUCAGCACAAACAAGGAUCUGAAAAAUGUCAUCAGCACAAAAUUAAAAAAGAAGGAAAAAACUCAGUGCCUGUCAUCUCUUCCCAAGACAAAAAAGCAAAAACGGCCACUUCUCUGAUUUCAAAAAGGAAUGAGAAAAUUAACAAGAAGGAGUUAGUUCAUCCAAAAAUGAAAAGCAAAACAAAAUCAAAAAAUUCACAACCAGCAGUGACUGAAGGAAACACGGAUAAACAUUCAGAGGAAGUUGUAAAGACAAAACGUGUUAGCAUCCUUGAACUAUGUGAAGAAAUUGCAGGUGAAAUUGAGUCAGAUACAGUUGAGGUGAAGAGAGAAUCUUCGUUUACUGAAGGAGGAAAAGAGGAUCAGAAGCCAACAAAGUUGGAGCUGACUGAAAUUGAAACACAGGUGAUUACUCAGAAGGAAGCAGAUGAAAAUGUUCAGUGCAAACGUUUCUUCCCCAGUAGAAAAGCCAAUCCUGUAAAAUGUGUAUUAAAUGGUUUGAACAGACUAGCUAGUAAGAAAUCCAAAUGGACCAAAAUUAAACUAGGAAAAGCCAAUCACUUACGUCAGAAUAGUUUAGGUUCUCCAAAUGCUCCUAAACUGGACCCAUUAAAAACUAAACCUAAACUUCCACAAGGUUCAAUUCAUCUGACAGCUUCAGAAAUGGAUCAUCCAAAAAGUCAAAGCCAGUGGCUAAUGCCGAGACCAUGUGAUGAUAAAGAUUUAGCAUGCCAUGAGGAAAAACAGAAAGAGAUUUAUUUUCAAGAAGUCAAAAGUGGUAAAACAACUGAAAAGAACAGAACUACAGAAAGGACUACUGAGAAUGGUCAGCUGGAUAAUCGAAUUAAACCGCCUCCCAAACCAUCACUGGAUAAUCAGAUGAAACAUUCUCUUGAACCAACACUUGAUGAGAGUUUCAGCUUAUAUUUGGAAUCUAGUCCAGAAAACACUCCAAUGAAAAAUGUUGCAGCAGUGCCACCUCUUCUUAAUCAAGCCAAAAAUGACACAGGAGAAAAUAAAUCUCCAGAUAUAACUCCUAAACAGCUGAUAAGCACUUUUAAUAACCAAAUAUCUAAGACCAGUGAUAACAGGGUGAGUUUGCUGAACCAUUCAUCAUCAAUAAAGUACAAUUCCCCUUUGGAAAUAAAGAUUUCAAAAGAUUUAAAAUUAAAAGAAGCAGAGAAGGAUGGUGAUAAGCAGUUGAUCAUAGAUGCAGGACAAAAAAGAUUUGGAGCAGUUUCCUGUAAUAUUUGUGGAAUGCUUUACACAGCUUCAAAUCCAGAAGAUGAGACUCAACAUUUGCUAUUCCACAACCAAUUUAUUAGUGCUGUAAAAUAUGUGGGGUGGAAAAAGGAAAGAAUUUUAGCUGAAUACCCUGAUGGAAAGAUAAUAAUGGUUCUUCCUGAAGACCCAAAGUAUGCACUUAAAAAGGUUGAGGAAAUUAGAGAGAUGGUAGACAAUGACUUGGGAUUCCAACAAGCUCCACUCAUGUGCUCUUCUAGAAUUAAGACUCUUCUCUUUAUUUCUAAUGACAAAAAAGUUGUUGGCUGCUUAAUUGCAGAACAUAUCCAGUGGGGCUAUAGAGUUAUAGAAGAUAAAGUCCCAGAUGUCAAUUCAGAAAAUGAGAAAGUUAUAUUUGAACGGCAAAAAGCCUGGUGCUGCUCAACCUCUCCUGAACCUGCUGUCUGUGGGAUUAGUCGCAUUUGGGUAUUCAGCAUGAUGCGUCGAAGAAAAAUAGCUUCUCGAAUGAUUGAAUGUCUAAGGAGCAACUUUAUAUAUGGCUCAUAUUUGAGCAAAGAAGAAAUUGCUUUUUCAGAUCCUACACCUGAUGGGAAACUCUUUGCAACACAGUACUGUGGCACUGGCCAGUUUCUGGUAUAUAAUUUUAUUAAUGGACAAAAGAACUCUUAAUAGAAUCUUGUCUAUGUUGAUUUAACUACAUCUGCUGGAUAUUAUGGAUUGUUUGCUGACUUUAACCAGGAACUAGGGCCAUUUUUAUUACAAUGAACUCAGGACUGGUAACAACCAAAAGGUUGUUCCAUUUUAAUAAAAUUGGAAACAAUGCAGUAAUAGCUUAAUUUUUUGUUUUUUUAAAAGAAGAUAUUUUGUUAUCUUUUACAGAAGUUUAUGAUUGUAUUUUAUCUAUAGUUAUUUAGUCAUGUUUACAUGCAGCAGAUAAUUAAUUGUUCAUAGUGGACUGUAAACUAAUGCAAGGACUAUGGUCUCAGUGAUGAGUAUAAUAUAUUGAAGUUCCUAAUAUGGUAAUAUAUCAGUGCUGCUUGGUACUGUAUCUUUUUUUAUACUGAACUGCUGAUCCUAGUUUUGCUUUUGAAGCAUAAGAGUUUAAAGAUUGUAUUUUAAUGAAACUUAAGUGCUUCUGGGAUAUUAUUAAAGGGGGGACAACAUUGUUUUUUAGAAAACAGUGGCAGUUAAAAGCUCCAGGAUGUUUGUAUGUACUUGCCCUCAUUUGCACAUGCACCGAGGAAAUAGAAAGUAUGUGAGAUGCUAGGUUUUUUUUCCUUGAUGAGAAAGAAAAGUGAAGUAGGAGUUGGUCAAAAGGGUUGGGCCUCUGGAAAGUUUCUUAUGGGUAGAAUUUAAUGGGGAAAAAAACAAACUGUAGGAGCAGAGAUUGUACACCUUGUUCCAACUUGUGCAUUUCUGUAUAUCCUACAGGAAAAUGAAGCCCAAUUAUGUCAAGUUUACCAAAUUCUCGAAAAAGAUUUUUUGUGAUUUAUUAAUAAGGUCGAAGCUAAAUAAGAAUGGCCCUGGUAUCUGCUUUUUUUUUUUCCUCAGAAAUACUGCACUGGAUAUAUGCCUUUAUUACUGGACUUCAGUUGUAUACUUGUCUGUAUAAUGCCCUCCACUUUUAAAGGGUUUAUAUGUUGAAAAACUGCUGUGGCCUUUCUUGAUCUGUAUAUAAUGUAGAAUAAAAGAAUAAAUAACUUGGUAGACUUUUCUAAA